AUGUACAACAGCAAAGAAGCCAUGAGGAAUUGGACCAGUGGUAUGGGACCUAAUAUAGAGGAAAAGUUGAUAGAUCAUGUGGCCAGAUCAGAAAGAAUGGAUGUGCAAGAUUAUGGAAUGAACAAUUUCAGGGUCAGAUGGGGAAACCUAGAUGUGCGGGUAAAUCUUGUGUUACGUGAAUGUACCUGCAAAGGUUGGCAAAUGUCAGGACUACCUUGCCCACAUGCAUGUGCUGCAAUCAAGAAGGUAUAUGAUUCCCUUCGAUAUGAAGAUUACUCGUCCACCAUCUUCCUACAACCACCAUUGACAACUCGUCGUGCUGGAAGACCCAGAGUUAGGAGGAUUGAAUCACAAUUCCAGCAGAAGAAGCUGUAUCAUUGCUCAAGAUGUGGUAAAGCCGGUCACACUAGAAAGACUUGCAGUAACCUGAACCCUGGGUGA